AUGGAGAAAUUGCGGACACUUAAGCGUCAGGGAUAUUUGGCCGAGGCAUUCACAGCAGCACCCUUGCCUCCAAUUCUGUUCACGACUCUCCAAAUGUAUCGCACGAUUGUUCUGCACACCGAGCCCAACCGGAAGAGGAAAAAGGGCCGCAAGACCAAGCGUCUGCCCGCGUCUUUGCCAAGUCAUGCCACGGGGACCCUGGCCAGAAGUGGGAAGCUUCAACCAAAAUGGGACAGGCACCUGACAACAACAGCCCGGGUAUGCUUCCACUUCAACUCGACAGGAGCCCAACAGACCGUCUGGAAGUCAGGGGUAGCACACCAGCGAGCAGGGCAGACCGACACCAUGGCUACCUUUCACGAUGGCGAGAAGGAAGUUCAUGAGGCGAUGGAGUAUGAUGGAGAAAAGCCAACCGGCAAUGUCAAAGAGGUCAACACGCAAUCAGUCGCCCUCGCGGCUGCCAUUGCGGCUCAGAAACCCAAGCUGACGAGCCCUAACAUGAUUAAGCUGUAUCUCAUCAUGUCUAUUGGGUACCUCGUGUCGACCAUGAACGGAUUUGAUUCAUCGCUCAUGGGCGCUAUUAACGCUAUGGAUCCGUACCAAAAGGACAUGGGCCUCAGUGGAGCUGGGUCUAGCACCGGCAUCGUUUUCAUCGUCUACAAUCUGGGACAAAUCGCUGCCUUCCCCUUCUGUGGCCUGCUCGCAGACGGCUGGGGCCGCCGAAUCUGCAUAUUUGUCGGCUGCGUGCUCGUUCUCAUAGGCACUGCUGUGCAAGGCUCGGCCCAUGGUCUCCAACAGUUCGUCGGCGGCCGCUUCAUCCUCGGCUUCGGCGCAAGCAUUGCUUCAGCUGCAGGCCCGGCCUAUACUGUCGAGCUCGCCCACCCUGCAUACCGUGGAGUCAUGGCCGGGAUGUACAACAAUUUCUGGUGGCUGGGUAAUAUCCUUGCCGGAUGGACGACUUAUGGGACGAACUUUCAUCUGAAAUCAUCUUGGGCUUGGCGCAUUCCCACCAUCGUGCAGGCGGGAAUGCCCGCAAUUGUAAUGUGUCUGAUCCUGUUCUUCCCGGAAUCUCCCCGCUGGCUCAUUGCCCAUGAUCGAAGCGAAGAGGCACUUGCUAUCCUGGCCAAGUACCACGGUGAUGGCGACCCGAACUCAGCAAUUCCGCAGCUGCAGUACCACGAAAUCGUCGAGGACAACAAACGUACACGCGAUGAGAAUCCGUGGUGGGACUUCCGCGAGCUGUUCCACACACGUGCUGCGCGAUACAGACUGGCUAUGGUUAUUGGUAUGGCCUUCAUCGGACAAUGGUCUGGCAACAACGUCGUGAAUUAUUUCAUGCCAGAGAUGUUCGAAUCGGCGGGAAUCACCGACACGAAUACCCAGCUCCUGCUGAACGCCAUCAAUCCAAUUUUCUCCAUGCUCGGUGCAAUCUACGGCGCGAGUCUUUUGGAUAAGCUUGGCCGGCGGAAAAUGAUGCUUUGUGGCCUGGGAGGAAGUUUGUUCUUCUACAUUCUCCUGACUGCAUUCGCAGCGAAUGCCAACGCAAACCCGAACCUUGGGUAUGGAGUCAUCGUAUCGAUCUACUGCUUCGGCAUUGCCUUCGCUUGGGGCUUCACUCCUCUACAAACCCUGUAUAGCGUGGAGUGCCUGGAAAACCGGACAAGGGCGAAGGGCUCUGGAUUGAACUUCUUGUUCCUUAAUGUUGCGAUGGUCGUGAACACGUAUGGAAUAUCUGUUGGAAUAGAGGCUAUAGCGUGGAGGCUUUACAUCGUGUACUGCUGCUGGAUUGCGAUUGAGAUGGUCGUCAUCUACUUCUUCUUCGUCGAGACCGCUGGCAAGACGUUGGAGGAGCUGAGCGAGAUUUUCGAAGCCGACAACCCGAGGAAGGCCAGCACGAAGAAGGUUAGGGUCGGAUUGGACGAGGAUGGCAGGGUCGUUGGUGUUGAGUCCUAA